AUGAUAGAUUAUUUAUCUAAAGUAGAAAAAUUCUUCUCAGAUAACUAUGAAGAUGAAGAAUUAACAAUCAAUGGAUCAAAUGUAUCUAUUCUUGAUCAAGCUCUUAGGUUACUAGAUCUUGCUGAAUCUAAAGGAAAGGAUACAGUAAACUUAGAAAUCUCUACAUCUGAGGAACUUAAACAACUUUUUCACUUUGAUGAAACGAUUAACGUCAUAGAAGAAACAUCUGAUAAAGAAACUUCUGUAUAUAUUUCAGAAGAAGAAGUAGAAUCUCUUUCUUCUGAUAUAGAGCCUAACUUCGGCAUGAAUAAAACCGAACCACAUUUCGAUCAUCCUGGAGAAUCUUCUUUUCAAUGUGAAAGAAGAAAAAGACCUAAAACUGAACAAGGUCAUAGAACUGGCUCUAUGCCAUAUCUUCCCACUGGAAAUCCAAACCAGUUCGGAACAAAAAUUCUCAAUAUUGACAACAUUGAAACAAAUAGAAAAGAAGUUAUCGACAGAUGGACUUCAGAAAUAAGUCUAAUCAUUCAGACUAAUAAAGAAAAAUAUGCAACAAAAGAAUCUAUCCUUUUAUUGUUUGACCAUAAAACAUCAGGAAUAGUUCAAAAUUUUAUCAAAAAUACAAACUGCAUUAGUCAUAAUCCAAUGACAGUAUUCCAAGACAUGCUUGAUGCCAUCUACAUGAUGUUCCUUGGUAUAGAUCUUAUAGAAGACAAAGCCAAUGAACAAAAAAGAGAAAUCGAAAAAGCAAAAUGUUGGGUUUGUAGUGAAGAAGGACACUAUGCCAAUAAGUGUCCUAAUAGGAAAGAUUACCCACAAAAAGUUAAACUCCUUGAAAUAACAUCAUCUAUGGACCUUAGGCCUAUAGAAGAACAAUUUCAAGAUGAACAAAUCGUCUACACAUUGAUUGAAGAACCUCUAGAUGAAUCAUCAUCUUCUUCAUCUACAGAAUCAGACUGA